AUGCCUCCAGCAAAGCAGUGGGACGAUGAAGCGAGCGAUUCCGAUGCCUCCUCUCCUGUGGCUGUUGCCCCCCCCCGCCGACGACAGUUUGACGACGAAGAGGACGAGGACGACGUUCUUGACUCCUGGGAUGCCGCCGAGGACUCCGAAGUAGAGCGCGAAAAGGCCAAGAAAGCUGCCGAGGCCAAAGAGAAAAAGGCCGCUGAAGAUGCCGCUAAUAAGAAGUCAAAGCUUCAGCGCAUCGCUGACCAUCAGAAGGAGCGCGCACGCAUGCGUGAAGAGGGCGAAUCCUCUGAAGAAGAAGAGGACGAAGCCGAUCGUCGUGCCCGCCUCCGCCGAACUGAGCAGGAAGCCGAUCUUCACCACGCCGAGGAUCUCUUCGAUAGUAUCGGAAUCAGUAACAACCGUGCCAAGACCAUCCCCGGCUCCAAUGUUGUUGUUGACUCCAAGGACCCUGGUAGCACCGUUGACCUGGCCAAGCUGCCCAUCUUCAAUCCCCAGACGAAGAAGCAGUUCGAGCAGCUCCGUGAUGUCCUGGUACCUGUGAUUGCUGCCAACGCUAAGAAGGGCCACUAUGGUCUCUUCCUCGAAGACUUUGCCAAGGAGCUCUCCAAGGAGCUGCCCAGCGAGCAGAUGAAGAAGAUUGCAAGCUCUCUUACCCGUGCUAGCAAUGAGAAGCAAAAGGAGGAGAAGGCUGCCGACAAGACUGGCAAGAAGAGCAAGGCUGCCAAGACAAAAUCUUCACUUGUAACCACACGUGCAAACACGAAUGACAUGGAGACGUACGACAAUGAUGCUUUUGGCGAUGACGACUUUAUGUGA